AUGUCAUUCUUAAAAAUGAAUUCUUUUCAAGUCAAAGUGAACUCACUGCCUGAAAUUUCAGCUACUAUGUUUACAUCUUGCAAAAAUACUGGAGCUAACCGCUAUUAGAAUAUUAAAUAAAAUAAAAUGGAUAACAAAAAUAUUGCUAAGAUAACUGCAGAAAAAUCGCCUAAUAUGGCUAAUAUGGGUUUAAUAAUAGAGCAGGUUAAGUAAAAUAACUAAAAUCAAAGUAGACUGAGAGGAUUCAGUACUCCUAAAAUAUUAAAGGAAUCUAAAAGUCCUAUAAAUUAAGAAAAUAAGCCAAGCUUUCUAAUUAGAAAUGCCAGUUAAUUAAAUCAAUAAAGAAAAUUAAAUAAAAAUAACACAGUUAAUUUCGGAGAAUUUAUUGAAUCAUUCACUGAAUUAGUAGAAAUCCAAAAUCAAAAAAACCCAGUAGAUGUAAGUUAAUCAUAUUCUACAUCUGAUACAGGCACAAGUGACUCAGCGCUAAAAUCUAUUAGCCUUCAAAAUUCUCAAAUUAAACAAUAAUCUAAACCACUUUCGUUAGCUAGGCUUAAAUCAUUCAAAGAUAUCAACGAUGCUCAUGAUAGACACCUUGAAUAAAAAUAGUUAAUCAUUUCUGAAUUAAAAAGUCAUAAUGAUAACUUAUAAUGCGACUUAAAAAGAAAGAAUGAACUUAUUUCUUCUCAAAAUAAGCUUAUUUAGAGUUUAUAAGAAAAUAUAGCUACUUUAAAAGAGACUUUAAAUCAAAAAGAAAACAAUGUAACUUCUGUUGUAAAGCAAUUCUAAAGCAUUAAAAAUGAAAUGAUAGAGUAAAGAAGGGAUUCACCAGAAUAUUAAACUCUUUUGGAUGAAAAUACAUUUUUAAAAUAAUAGUUGAAUAAGACAUAACAAAAUUUAAGAUCUGCUGAGUAAUUACAUUAGAAAUAUCUAAAUGAUCUUACAAAUAUCAAUAAUUGGAGUGCUAUUAAUACCAACUAAAAUAUUACACCUGAAUUUUUAAAAGACUUCUUAAUUAUUAAGAUUGAUGACUAAAAAAAGUAAAAGGAAUAAUUUUCUGAACUUUAGCUUGCUAGCUAGCAGUUUAAUCAUAAAUUAUAAAUUCUUUAAGAAGAUUUGGUUGCAUAGUAGCAAGAAAAAAGAAUCUUAAAAGCUACAAUCGAAAUGUUGGAAACAAAGAUAGAAAUACUUAAACAAGAUGAUGGAUAUUCAAAAACGUUUAAACAUCUUACAGGAAUUUCAAUGGAAUGUAUAGAAAAAGAUAUUAUUGCAGUUAAAAAAUAAAUUUAAGAAAGAUAGUCUUUGAAUGAAAAUUAACUUUCUGAAAGCGAUAGGAUUUCUCUUUUUUCCUUAGAUUAUUUGAAUGUUUAAGUAGAUAACUUAAAGAAUAUAUAUAAUUAAAAUCAAAACCACAUUAAAUCUAUUGAACAAAAGUUAAAAGAUUAGCUAACCAAUGUUGAAAAAUAUAAAUUUAUACAAGAAUUAGAAGCUAUUCAAUAUUCAGCAAAGGAUCUUUUAAAAUGUAAUAGAUGUAAUUAAUACCUCCACAAAGCUAUCACUCAUUAACCUUGUGGUCAUAGCUUCUGUCAAGAUUGCCAUGAAGCGAGAAAUUUAAAAAUAGAACUUUGUGAUAUGAUACCGUAAGAUUAAAAGUAAAGUAAAAUUAAUGCUUGUUCAAUAUGCUGCCAAGAUAAAAAACAAGACAAAAAAGGUAUUAGUUUUAGUGUUUACAAAAACUAAUAGAUUGAGUAAAUUACUAUGUUUUUUAAUAUUUUGGUGAAAUACAAAGAUAUGAUUAAGCUAUUAGUUUCUAAAUUUUGA